UCGCCCCGCUUCACCAACAGGGGUUGCUAGCCUACAGGCUCCUUGAAACAAGCAGGGCUGUCGACGUUGUCAGGGUCGCUACAACAGACCAUCCUUUGCAUCUGCUAGCGCUGAGCUGACAAGCCCCGAGCAGAGGCAGGAGUGACCUCUGGGAAGCUAUUUGCCCUGGAGGUGACGCACAAAGAGUUUAAUUGCGCGGGGACUUUACCCUUCUCCACCCGGGGAGCUGCUGUAACUUCUCCUCCAGUCUCUGCUGCAUGUGCGGCAGGCUGUGAACAAGCCAGGGAGGAGAGACAUCCCAUCGGCACACCCACAGCCUGCCGCCUCCUCCUCCUGCUGCUGUUGCUGGCUUCCUGAAGCUUGGGAGUUGUUUAACAACAAUCCCUGGAGGGGAAUUUGGAUGAUCAGAGAAGGACCAGGGAGGCUGACGGCUCCCCAGUCCCCUCCAGUGCCUCCCCCUGAAUCCCAGGCUGGACCAUGCAGUGCUUCUGGAGACAACCCAAACACAGCAAAUCCCGGGAUAACUUCUUGCAGGAGCAGAGCAAUAGAGUGGCAACGCAGAAUGGCAUCAGACUGGGCCUGCAAGGUGACAGGGAUCUGUCAUUCCUCCUGAAGGGCAGCCAGCUGCUGAAAGUGAAGUCUGGCUCUUGGAGAAAGGAGAGGUUUUACAAGCUCCAGGAAGACUGCAAAACCAUAUGGCAGGAAUCCAAGAAGAUGCUGAGGUCUCCAGAAUCACAGAUCUUCUCCAUUGAAGAUAUUCGGGAUGUGAGGCCUGGUCACAAGACAGAGGGGAUGGAAAAGUAUGCCAAAGAUGUCCCUGAGCAUCGCUGUUUUUCCAUCAUCUUUAAAGACCAACGGAAAAACCUGGAUCUCAUCGCCAGUUCUGAAGAUGAUGCCAACCACUGGAUUUCAGGCCUGAAGAAAAUCAUAGCCAAGAACAAUUCCAUGAGCCAGAGGCAGAAACUCCAACACUGGAUUCACUCCUGCUUGCGGAAGGCCGAUAAGAACAAAGACAACAAGAUGAGCUUUAAAGAGCUCAAGAGCUUCCUGAAAGAAGUGAACAUUCAAAUGGAUGACAGUUAUGCCAAGCAGAUCUUUCAGCAGUGUGACAAAUCCAAGACAGAGACCUUGGAAGAUGAGGAGAUAGAGACAUUUUACAAGAUGCUGACUGAGCGGGCAGAGAUAGAUGAGAUCUUUGCAAAAUACUCCAGUGCUGAAGGGAUCAUGUCCAGGGACAACCUCCUGAGGUUCCUCCGAGAAAAGCAACAGGAGGACGAUGCUGUCCCUGAGUCUGCACUCUCCCUGAUUGAGAGAUAUGAACCCAACGAAACAGCCAAGAAACAACAGAUCAUGACCAAAGAUGGUUUCCUGAUGUAUCUGCUGUCUGCUGAGGGGAACAUAUUCAACUCCUCUCACAGUAAAGUUUACCAGGACAUGACUCAGCCCCUCAGUCACUACUUGGUGUCGUCGUCGCAUAAUACCUAUCUAAUGGAAGACCAGAUCACAGGGCCCAGUAGCACGGAGGCCUAUAUCAGAGCCCUGACCAAAGGCUGCCGCUGUGUGGAGCUGGACUGCUGGGAUGGUCCUAACUCAGAGCCUGUCAUUUAUCAUGGCUACACACUCACCUCCAAGAUCCUCUUCAGUGACGCCAUAAAAGCCAUCAAGAACUAUGCUUUCAAAACCUCUCCGUACCCAGUAAUCAUUUCCUUGGAGAACCACUGUAGCCUGGAACAGCAAAAGAUGAUGGUUCAGCACAUGAAGACAAUCCUAGGGGACAUGCUGCUGGUAAUGCCAGUUGAUGGAAAUAUAUCAGACUUCCCCUCGCCAGAGCAAUUAAAGGGGAAGAUCCUUGUGAAAGGAAAAAAGUUGAACAGCCUGGAAGACACCAUAGGGAUGAACGGGAACAGUAGCAUGGAGGCUGAGGAUGUCUCCGAUGAGGAUGAAGCCGCCGAAAUGGAAGACGAGUCUGUGAAGAAGGAGGUAGAGCAGAAGAGGACGAGCGCCAAAUUAAAGCUGGCCAAGGAGUUAUCGGACAUCGUCAUCUACUGCAAGAGCGUCCACUUCCAGGGCUUCGACAACACCACCUCCCCCCGUGCCUUCUACGAGAUGUCGUCCUUCACUGAGAGCAAAGCCCAGAAACUGGCGCAGGAGUCAGGAACCAGUUUUAUUCAUCACAACAUCAGGCAUUUGAGCCGGGUCUAUCCUGCUGGCUGGAGGACAGAUUCUUCCAACUAUAACCCAGUUGACUUGUGGAACGUUGGCUGUCAGAUCAUUGCCUUGAAUUUCCAGACGCCAGGCCCAGAAAUGGAUAUUUACCAGGGUCGAUUCCAGGACAAUGGGUUUUCUGGGUAUGUCCUAAAGCCACACUUCCUUCGGGACAAGCAAUCCAAAUUCAAUCCCAAAUCCAUCACUGAAGGAGCCUGGUGGAUGCGGAAGAAACUCCAGAUUAAAAUCAUCUCCGGCCAGCAGCUGCCCAAGGUGAACAAAAGCAAAAACUCCAUUGUGGAUCCAAGGGUGACAGUCGAGGUUCAUGGGGUCCAGCGGGACAAUGGCAAGAAACAAAGCAAAGUCAUUGAAAACAACGGGUUUAACCCAAAGUGGGAUGAAGAGUUUGGAUUUGACAUUGACGUCCCCGAACUUGCUCUGGUCCGUUUUGUGGUGGAAGACUUCGAUGUAUCAACCAAAAACGACUUCAUUGGACAGUACACCAUCCCCUUCACCUGUCUAAAGCAAGGCUACCGCCACAUUCAUCUUUUGACCAAGAAUGGGGACCCGUACCCAUCAGCCAUGCUUUUUGUGCACAUCAAUAUUCUGGACAAUAAUUAGAAACAGCAGCGGAACCUAUCUUUCAAGAAUCAAUGGACACUGCUACAGACUAAAAAUGAACCGAAAUCUGCCCUCAUCCCUACCCUGUGCAAUCCCCAGUGCUGUCUCUGGGGUUGGAAGAGGUAUAAGUCAGUGCAGCCUGACUGCCGUGCUGCUAAAAAUACUCUUUGUUUCUGUACACACCCUCCAUUCAUUAUGCUGAAAAGAUUCUGAGACAGCUGUUGAGAUUUUGUUAAUAAGACUAUUCAACGCAUUUUGAUUUUUAAUGACUGGUCAUUCUUAUUUUACUCCUAUUUUUAUAGAGCAGUUUAGGGAUUUUAAAUGAAUUUUUGAUUUAGUGAAAGGGGUUGUGUUUGUUCACUGGAAGGCAGAUGUGACACUUGGAUCCUUGUCAUUCUAAAGGUGCACAUCCAAACUUUGUAUAAGCAAUAUACGGUGGACAAAUAAGCCGUGAGCCAAAGGCCAAUGACGUCAGUGAACAAACACCUCUUGGCUUCAGAUCAGGCCCAUACGCCACUCUUUUAAAUCCUAAAUUGAGGCACAGUUCUGUCCUCUUUACUACAGUAUAAAAAGCUACACUGCAAAGAUUGCCUUUCUUUUGUAAUAUGAUGAAAAAUACGUGAACACUACUCCACUGGCUUGCCGUUUGCAUCCAGCAUGAACAGGGCUGAGUCGCAUUCUUCAAAGGAAAGAAGUGGUUGUAAGCGGGGGAAUUCUUUUUUAAACACAGGAUGACCACAGAGACUUAAUUUCACAGAAGACAAUGUAAGCGUAUUAAACUGAACGUAUGGAAAGUGAUUGUUUUUAAAUACAAUCUGUAAAACAUUUUCAGUGUGUACGGAAAACAUCUUUUUGAAGAAGGAGAUGCCGAGAAAAAGGCGGUCGAAAGAAUAAUUGUAAAUGUUUCGCUGGUUAUUAUUUGACUGGGUUGAACUGAACAUCACAGCACAGUAAAAACAGGUAGCAGCUCUCUGAAAAUGAAGGCAGAAAGGUGUGUGGGUUGUUUUGUUUUUUCCCAAAAUACAGCUACAGAGCUAGAGGAAUAAUGUAGAGAGAAAAUAAUAUAUUUUCAAAAAUUGUCCACACUUGUAUUACUGAUCAUACUUCAGACUAUUAAAAAUGGAAGCAUUCUGAAAAAGA